GUAUCUCUUCGUUUUAAGGAUCAUUAUUUAGCUAUUUUCUACCCUUUACUCCAACUAUAGCUAAUUUUAGCAAUCACAAGGAUUUCAUCGGAAGUCUGAUAAUUAUGAUGAAGGCGUUUUUAGCAAAAAAAACGUAAUGUGAGUUCAUCCAUCAAUGCUAAAUAAAGUUAUAGCUAUGUGGUAUUAAUGCUCAUAUGAUCCAUUUGUCUGGGAUUAUAUCUCAGGUUUCUCGCAAUGUUGGAUCGGUUCAAUUGCUGCAGAUCUGUGAUGCAUCACUGAAAAGUACACUUUUGAUUACCACAAACAUUAUAAAAAAAGCACGGUUGAUUUGUGCUUUCUUCAUUUCGAUAUCUCGUUCUGAGUUUUGUAUGACUAUUGUUUGAGCUACAUGAAGGGGAGACAAUUGUUUCAACAAGGUGAACUCGCAGCGGCGCGAUUGUUGAUCUGAGGCUCAAAGAGUUUGAUAAGAGCUUGACAAGGAUAGAACUGGAUGUCUUCCUUAGGGAUUGCAUAUGAUGAUUUGUGUGUCUUUUAUGGACCUGCUUAUUGCAA